CAGACCAUUUAGCAACUUCGGGAAACCACUUUGUGGGAGGGGCAACGCAGUAAUAGGAACGUGCAUCAUCUGGGGCAAAGGAUCAUUUCUGUCGAACCAAACGGUCAUAUUUGUUAUUUAGCAAACUAGCAAAGGUUGUAAAAUAGCUAGCAAGCUGUAACAUACACUCCUCUGUAGUAGCUUGGACAAGAGUUGCACAAAUGACAGAGCUACGGCACCGCGGAACGACGGAAAACGACCUACAACAUCAACAAUCCGAAGACAAGGGAUCUGAGAAUGAGGGGAAAGCAGAGAAGGAUGGGGCGUCUGACGGUGAGAGCAAGCCUGAUGCAGGGACCCCGGGGGUGCCUGUCCCUGCUGAUGAUACCCCCGAGGUCCUCAACAAAGCCCUGUCUGGACUGUCCUCACGAUGGAAGAACUGGUGGGUGCGAGGGAUCCUGACUCUGGCCAUGAUCUCCUUCUUCUUCUUCAUCAUCUACCUGGGCCCCAUGGUGCUCAUGCUGAUUGUGCUGUGUGUGCAGAUCAAAUGCUUCCAAGAAAUCAUCCACAUUGGUUACAGUGUGUACCACUCCUACCACCUGCCCUGGUUCAGAACGUUGAGCUGGUACUUCCUACUGUGUGUGAACUAUUUCUUCUACGGAGAGACGGUAACGGACUACUUCUCUAAUCUGGUGCAGAGGGAGGAGCCGUUGCGCAUCCUCAGCAAAUACCACCGCCUCAUCUCCUUUGCCAUGUACCUCACUGGUUUCUGCAUGUUUGUGCUGAGCCUGGUGAAGAAACACUAUCGCCUGCAGUUCUACAUGUUUGGCUGGACACACGUAACUCUGCUGAUCGUUGUGACCCAGUCCCACCUCAUCAUCCACAACCUGUUUGAGGGAAUGAUCUGGUUCAUCGUGCCCAUCUCCUGUGUGAUCUGCAAUGACAUCAUGGCCUACAUGUUUGGCUUCUUCUUUGGACGUACUCCACUUAUUAAGCUGUCUCCUAAGAAAACCUGGGAGGGCUUCAUUGGUGGAUUCUUUUCGACUGUUGUGUUUGGGAUCCUGUUGUCCUAUGUGAUGGCGGGCUACAGCUUCUUUGUGUGUCCGGUGGAGUUUAACAGCGACCAUAACAGUUUUGAGGUGGACUGUGAACCCUCUGACCUGUUCCAGCUGCAGGACUAUGCCCUGCCUGCCGCCCUCGAGUCCCUCACUGGAUGGCCCACACUGCGCCUCUACCCAUUCCAGAUUCACAGCAUCUCACUGUCUGCCUUUGCCUCCCUCAUGGGACCUUUCGGAGGCUUCUUUGCCAGCGGCUUUAAGAGGGCCUUCAAGAUCAAGGACUUUGCCAACACAAUUCCCGGUCACGGUGGCAUCAUGGACCGCUUCGACUGCCAGUACCUCAUGGCUACUUUCGUCAACGUCUACAUCGCCAGCUUCAUCAGGGGCCCUAACCCUGCCAAGGUGGUCCAGCAACUCCUAGCCCUGCGCCUGGACCAGCAGCUCCACAUCUUCAACUCCCUUAAGACCCACCUGACAGAGAGGGGUCUGCUGGAGGAGGAAGCCUAGGGCCCCCACAGGCAUGCCCAGUGCCGGGUCACCCUACUGGGGCCAGGAGGGCAGCCCCCUGGCACCAGAAAGCCCUGGAGGUGUGGGGAGAAGUGUAGCGCUUGUGUGAGAAAAUAACUCCAGCCUUUUGGUCAUUCCGUUUUGUGUGUGUGACGGUGUGUGUGUGACGGUGUGUGUGUGAGUUGUGUGUGUGUGUGUGUGUACAUUAUGACAGUGUGUCCUAAACUGUUUUCCUUCAGUGUUUCAGGUUGUCUGUGAGUUACUGUACCUGUUUAUUUAGUCAUGUCAGCCAUAUUAUCUACAAGUGAUGCCACUUUAUGUGUACCACAAUGAGGUCAGAUGUACAUUUCCACAUGUAUACAGGAUAUUCUAUACCUUUAGUGUGUGUGAAUAUUUCAUGAUACAUAUAUUUUUUAUUUGUGUUUUAAUGCACUGCUCAACAUACUCACACUGUAUUGUCCUCAUCCUGUCACCCUGCCUGUUUUAUUUACUUCAUUGUAAUAAUUGUUUGUAUUUAUAAUAUUGGUUGGGUUUUUACAUUGGCAUCUUCCAUUAAAUCUGUGCUUUGUCUGUGCAUUUUACCUGCAGAGAUUCACUCUGCUAUUGGCACAUGUCAUGCUGCGUAUGUGUGUUUCUCUCUGGUUCCCAAAUGGCACUCUAUUUCCUAUACACUACACUACUUUUGAUCAGAGCCCUAUUGGCCCCCUGGUCAAAAGUAGUGCACUAUAAAGGGUGUCAUUGUAGCCACUCAUGCUUCACCUGCAGCUUCGUUCACACCCAGCCAAAUGGUGUAUGUGAUGUCAUGUGGGGGUAGAACCAUUAGAGGAAGUGGACUGUCUAAAUUAGGAACAAAACACCACUAGGGAUUUGACCGGAUUAUUGAGUAUGUCAUUAGUGUUACAGAAUGGAGGUCAAGAGUCAAACUGUUUCCUGCACAGCAAUGGAUGGAAUACACGUUGUAAAAUGACAAAGGAAUAGUAUAGGAACACUAGUCGGUAUUUCUGAUAGUUUACUACAGUUGUCUGCCUUAAUGUAAGAAGUUUUAUGUUAAGCGAUUCUCCUUUUGGUGCGGGACUGAUAUGUUAGGGUUUUAGCGGUGGUUAUUUAUUUGCCAAUCAAGUUCCGUUAUUCGAGAUCAGUUCAUGGUGGAUAACAGCCACCAGAGGUGUUUUGAACAAAAAUAUAAAUGCAACCAUUUCAAAGAUUUUACUGAGUUACAGUUCAUAGAAGGAAAUCAGUAAAUUUAAAUAAAUUCAUUAGGCCAUAGUCUAUGGAUUUCGCAUGACUGGGCAGGGUUGCAGCCAUGGGAGGGCAUACUGUAGGACCCACCCACUGGGGAGCCAGGCCCAGCCAAUCAGAAUGUGUUUUCCCCCACAAAGACGAUCCCACAGGUGGAGGUCCUGGGCUGGUGUGGUUACACGUGGUCUGCGGUUGUGAGGCUGGUUGGACGUACUGCUAAAUGAUCUAAAACGAUGUUGGAGGUGGCUUAUGGUACAGAAAUGAACCUUCAAUUCUCUGCCAACUGCUCUGUUGGACAUUCCUGCAGUCAGCAUGCCAAUUGCACACUCCUUCAAAACUUGAGACAUCUGUGGCAUUGUGUUGUUUGACAAAACUGCACAUUUUAGCGGCCUUUUAUUGUCCCAGUACAAGGUGCACCUGUGUAAUGAUCAUGCUGUUUAAUCAGCUUCUUGAUAUGCCACACCUGUCAGGUGGAUAAAUGAUCACUAAUAGCGAUGUAAACACAUUGGUGCACAAAGUUUGAGAGAAAUAAGCUUUUUGUGCGUAUGGAACAUUUAUGAGAUCUUUUAUUUCAGCUCAUGAAAAAUGGGACCAACACUUUACAUGUUGCGUUUAUGUUUUUGUUCAGUGUAUAUAUGCGCCAUGUAUUUCUGGCUCUGAUGGCCCCUGUUGAGGUUCUCAUAGGAAUGAGUGAGAUGGGACACCAUCCAUGUUUACAUCAGCUUUUGUAAUUGAAGAAUAGUUACAAAUGACCACCAUACUUAAAAAAAUAAAUAAUUAUCUUCUAAGAGGCAGACAGACAAUUGUUUUCAGCUGUUAUAGAGUGUUGUAUAGGAAGUGCCAGGAUGGUGGAGUGAAUGGAUCAUGCUGUGUACAGUUUCCAAAGCUAUGGGACAGUAAUGGAGUUAUCACUCUGCUAGCAUUUCAUGCUAACGAUUUCUGCACUGCCAAGUCUGCUCCCUCUCAGACCACACUACCACAGCCUGAUAGUACAAACACUGGCAGUGUGUCCCAAAUGGCAGCCUAUUCCCUAUAUACUGUACUGCUUUUGACCAGAGCACUAUGGGCCCUAGUCAAAAGUAGUGCACUAUAAAGGGAAUAGGGUGCCAUUUGGGGUGCAUCCACAGGCUCACAGAUGGUGCUCAUGGUUACACACCCCUCCUGUGGGUCGAGAACAGUAGUAACACUUAUUUCAUAAUCAAUCUCACUAGGUGAACUAAGAAUAGAUUUUGUAAAGCUACAGAUGCUGUUGAUGUAUUUCCUCCUUGUUGCCAUUGUGAGAUCACCACCAAGGGACUUGUGUGGUCACAUCAACAUAAAUGGUUAAACUCUUCUCCUUGGUUGUACCCAGUGUCAAGUGUUCAUUUACAAGGACCAGUCUAUAGACCAAUCUGAGUGUGAUAUGACAUUAAUGGUGUUAGUGGGGAAACCAGGGCCUGUAUUCUUUAAAGCUACAAAAUGUAGCUUUUUGGGCGACCCAACCAUAUUCACAUCGAAAUGUGAGUUAAAGGUCUGUAAUUCUCAUUGAAAGUAAGUCUAAGAAGCGGUAGAUAUGUUCUAUUUAAGCUAUUUCUAUGCUUCGGCGUUCUUAAGUUUUGUUUUUGGGUCUUUUACUUUAAGUUUUGUACACCAGCUUCAAACAACUGAAAAUACAAUAUUUUUGUUUAUGGAAAAUAUAUUUCACAGCGGUUUAGAUGGUACAAUGAUUCUUUACUACACUACACUUGCUUGUUUUGCAACAUAAACUGAAAUUAGGCGAACUAUAAGAAUUUUAGCAACCAGGAAAUGGUGAAGUGAUUUCUGCAUCUUUAUGUGUCUCAGAGUAGUAAUGCUGUCUGGUCUAGGAUCAGAUAAGCCUUUAAGAUCAUAGUGGAUAACAUUAUAUGAACAGCGAGGACAAGAUCCUAGAUCAGCACUCCGACUCUGAGAUGCUUUAGGAAUACGGCCCAAGGCUCAUCUAUCUAUGAAUAUUAGGGGUUGAUGUGUUUAAUUAAAUAGAUGGGUGUGUUGCAGGCUGUGACUGACCCACAUACAGAUUAUCUUUCACUCUGACUGAUCACAUAGGGCCCAAUGCUGACUUACUGUAUAAUCGGUCGAUCAUCCAUCCAUUGAUGCCAUAUGUGUACAGUAACUCGGGAUUGGGCCCAUGUUGUAGACUGAUACAUUAUUUUUGGAGUAGCCUUGGUCUAAUUUUAUCAAGCCAAGCCUCAUGCAUCUUGAACUUGAGCAAUCACUAGCUACAAAGAUAUUGAAAAGGUACCUCUGUUUCUGUCAGUAAAAUGUUUUAUGUAGGGUUGAGUAUCGUAAGUAGCACAUUUUAUUCCGUGAAUGUAACAGGAAAAGAAACAAAGCAAUAUCAAGUAUAAAUGUAGGCUGUGAAAUGUCCGUGUAGGAUCCUAUACUUACAGGAAGGAGGCAUAAUUGGGAAUCCGGUGACUAAAAAGCCAUAGAGGUAUGUUUCAGAUUGGGCAAUCAUCUGCACUACUCUACACGUCCACUGCCAUUAUGUCUCUGUGCUUCACAUCCUCACCUUCCAUCCCAUCUGUCUCCACUGAUAUGGAAGGCCCCUCGACAGAGGGAGACCUCUAUACACUCCAAAAACCACGCACCUCUACUCCUUGAAAUGCCUACUUUAAACACACAGUACCCACAUGUUAUGAUUUUUGUUCCUAUACAUUUUUGUGAUAAUUAUUUGAUGUUAUGUCAGUCUUCUCUACCUUGCCUGUUAUUGUUAUUCUGUGAAUUGUAUACUGUAGUGUACUGGUAUUAAACUUACCUUGGUUUUUCUA